GGAGGUGAUUUUUUAAAGGAGUUGGCAGGAAGCUGGGCUGGCUCCUUCAUUCGCUGGCUAGGCUGACCCUGAGCAGGAGCGGCCGGAGCCUGCGGGGGCUGGCCGGGCAGACACCCCCACUGUGACCGGUGCUGGGCGGCCGGGCGGACAGAAGCGGGGCGCCGGGAGAGCGGCAGCCGCACACAGCGACAUGGGCGCGGGCAGCUCGGUGGAGCAGCAGAGUCCGCAGGACGCGCCCACUGCAGCAGCGGAGUCCGAGCCCGCCAGUCCGGAGGCGGCGGCGGUGGCGGCAGCGGCGCCGCUUGAGCAGCCCGAGGACCCCGCCAAGCUUUUACAGAAGAAUGGACAGAUAUCCAACAUUAAUGGUAUAGCGGAAGAGCAAGUGGAGCUGAACCUCCAGCCAGGGGAGCUGAAUGGACAGCAGACAGAAACAGUUGUAACAGAUGUUGGACAAAGAGACCCUGCAAAUGUGAUUGUAAAAGAAGAGCUAGUUGAAAAUAUGGAAGUCAUGCCACCAGAAUCAACUGAUAAGGAUGGUGUUGAAGAUGGACAGAAAGAUGUUCAAGAAGCUAACGAACAGUUGCCAUCAGAAGAAGAAAAAGUAGAAGAGUUAGAACAGCCCAGUGAAUCUCAGUCUAAUGAUGUUGGAUUUAAAAAGGUUUUUAAAUUUGUUGGUUUCAAGUUUACUGUUAAAAAAGAUAAGACUGAAAAGUCUGAACCUGUUCAGCUACUGACUGUUAAAAAAGAAGAAGCAGAAGUGGCAGCAAAUGGAGCUGGAGAUCAUAAAGAAGUCAAGUUAGAAGUGGUGGAGGAAGCAACAGAAAGUGAGGUGACCCAGCCUGCAGAAAAGACUGAAGAAGAACCAAAGAAUGAGGAACGGAAAGAUGAAUCUCUUCCUGAAAAAGUAGCAGAAAGCCCAAGUGAGGAAGAGGCAGAAGGAAAAAAAGAACCUAGCAAGUCACCAGAGUCUCCAACAGAUGGAUUAGUUAAUGAAACCGCAUCACCACUAAGAAAAUUCUUUACUCAGGGUUGGGCUGGGUUUAGGAAAAAGACAAGUUUUAGGAAGCCUAAAGAGGAUGAGCAGCAGACUCCUGAAAAAGAAAAGGAAGAGCAAGAAAGGGAAGUGGCAGAGGUCCCAGUAGAAGCACAUGAGAAGGAGAAAACUGAGAAAGAAAUGGAAGAGCAAGAAAGGGAAGUGACAGAGAUCCAAGUAGAAGCAAGUUUGAAGGAGGAAGUUAUUAUUCCUUCUGAACAGUCACUUCCACAAGAGACCAUUGAAAGUGUAAACAAGGAAUCUGAAGUGUCCUUUGAAGAAAAAGUAGACCUAUCCCCUGAAGAAAAAACAAAACCAGUGAAAGAAUGUAAAAUAUCCUUAGAAGAAAAAACUGAAAUACACUUUGAAGAGAAAUCUGAACUACCAGCUCCCACAACCAUGGAACUAUUUGAUGAAAAAUUAGAAAAAUCUAAAGAAGAAUCUGAACCUAUAGCUCCAAUGACAACAGAAGUGUUUGGUGAAAAAAUUGAGAAACCUGAACCAAAAGCUCCACUGGCAACUGAAAUCUUUGAUGAAAAGUUAGAGGAAGAAGUUCAUGUUAGCACUACAGAGGCAAAAGAGGUUAAAACAAAUGAGAGAGAACAGAUGCCCUCCUCAGCUUCUGAACAAUCAGUUGAAGGAAAUGGUGAGCUACAAAGAAUUCAACCCACUGAGGAACAACUAAAGGCCAAAGGAACAGUAUGCAUAGUAGUAGACGACCACAUCAAGCAAACAGAACCAAGCCCUGAAGAUGCAGCUGCAUGUAAGCCUCCAGAAGGCAUCACCACUGAGGUUGAACUGUUGUCAUCACAAGAAAGAGCCAAAGUGCAAGGCAGCCCCCUAAAGAAACUUUUUACAGGAACUGGCUUAAAGAAGCUUUCUGGAAAGAAGCAUAAAGGAAAGAGAGAAGAAACUAAGCCAGGGGAACAAGUAGAACAAAUUCAACAUUUAGCUGAUUCCCCAGAAAGUCCAGAAGAACAAAAGGCAGAGAGCUCUGCCUCUUCACCUGAAGAAUCAACAGAGCCUCCUUCCGUGGAGAAAGCCAUAGAUGCAACACAGGUCACUGAAACUGAAGAAGGAGUAAUUUCAGAUGUAGAGAGAAAAAGAGAGUGUGUAACUCCUUGGGCAUCGUUUAAAAAGAUGGUGACUCCCAAGAAACGUGUCAGAAGGCUUUCUGAAAGUGACAAAGAAGAAGAAAUUGAUAAGGCAAAGAGUGCUACGUUGUCUUCUACUGAAAGUGCAGUCUCUGAAAAUCAGGAAGAAACUAAAGUAAAUGGUGAGGAGCAGAAGCUAGAAAAAAGCACAGAAGAGCCAAAACGAAAGGUUGAUACUUCUGUAUCAUGGGAAGCCUUAAUUUGUGUAGGCUCCUCUAAGAGAAGAGCUAGGAAAUCCUCCUCUUCUGAUGAGGAAGUAGGACAGAGGCUUGCUCAAGAAGGCCAAAAAAUAGAUGAAGUUGGUCAAGGCAAAGAAACUGCACCAGACAUGAUCCUAACUAGUUCCCAAGAAAGUGAUCAAGGACAAGGAAGUUCCUCACCAGAACAAGCUGGAAGUCCAUCUGAAGGAGAGGGUGUUUCAACCUGGGAAUCAUUUAAAAGAUUAGUCACUCCAAGAAGAAAAUCCAAAACCAAAAUGGAAGAGAGAACUGAAGAAUCUGUGUUAGUUUCCAGCAUUGAACAUUCUACUUCAGAUGUUGAACCUGGAAAAGAAGAAACAUGGGUUUCAUUUAAAAAAUUAAUACCUGGUCGUCGGAAGAAAAAGUCAGAUGGGAAGCCAGAACAAGCUUGUGUUGAGGAAGCUGGAGAAGAGAUGAGAGAAACCACUGAAGAAGACUCUGAUGUUCCAGCUGUUGUUCCUUUAUCUGAGUAUGAAGCAGCUGAACAAGAGAAAAUUGAGGCCCAACAAGCAACACAAGGUGAGGCAAUAAGGGAAGAAACUUUAGAUGAAAAGAGAGCUGAAAAAUUAGAAGAUACCUUAAUUAUUGAGCAAUUUAAUGAAGGACUGGUUCAUGCAGUUACUGUGACUGUUGUAGAGGGGGAGAGAGCAGUUACCAGUAUUGAAGAAAGGUCACCAUCUUGGAUAUCCGCUACUGUGACGGAGUCCAUUGAACAGGAAAAAGAUGAAGAUGAACAAACUGAGCAGAUAUUUGAAACUGAAGUUGUUGUAGAAAAGACAUUGGUGGUUUCUAAAACUUUGCCAGAGUUGAGAAAGGACAUAAGUGAUGAUACUAUAGUAAGUGAGCUGGAGUUAACAUCAGAAGCAUUGACAGCACUGGAAGAGGCAACAGAAGUUUCCUGUGGUGAAGAAGCAACAGAAGUGUCCCUUGCAGAGGAGACGACUGAGAUGGUUUCUGCAGUGUCACAGUUAACUGAAUCCCCAGAUACUACAGAAGAAGUUACACCUGUUCAGGAGAUAGAAGGGACUGAGCAAAACUUAAAAGAAUUAAACAAACAAACACAGGAAAUUCUUGAGGAGGUUGUACAAAGAGUGAAGCUAUCAGAUGAAGUACAGAUGAUUAGUGAAAGAACUGUGACUGGAGUCAUAAUUCAGUCAGUGCAGAAAAUUGGAUCUGAAAUGAAAGAUGAAGCUAGUGAAGCUACACUCAUAUGCAAAAAAACUGUGUUGGUUGAACAGUCCUUAAACAAAGAAGAACCUGAAGAGGCUGACAUUCAACACAUGGAAAGUGCAGGAAGUGUUGGAGGCAGAAAUGAAGCUGAUGGAAGUGUUCUACAGGAAGUGUCAGAGAUGAGUGAAAAGUGUGCAGUAAUGAAGGAACACAUAGAAGAAGCUAAAAGUCUGGAUAGAUUGGCAGAUGAAAGUCAAUGGCAAGAAACUGAACAAGCAUUUAUAGAAAGACAUGAAGAAAUGUCUGAAGUAGAAAGGAUUCUAGAGAAAGGUAAAUUGAAAGACGAGGAAUUUUACAGUAGUGUCACAAUAACUACCAAAGCAGAGCAUGAAGUGAAAGCGGAGUAUGUUACCGUAGUAAAACAACAAGAAAUUUCAACCGAAGAGGCCAAAAUGAAUGUAAAAGUAGUAAUUCCAGGUGAAAUCGCAGAUGAAGGUGCUCUAGAAGUGGAUGGAUCUGAAAGUGAACCACAUGAAGCAAAGCUUGAGAUGUUCCAGGAAUUUAAGCAAGUGGUGGACAUGGUGCCUAACUUAGAAUCAAAAUGCAUGAAAGUAACUGUAACAGAAGCCCCUUUGCAGAGUGAGGCAGAAGAUGCCAUGCUCUCUUCAGAAUCAAAACGUACAGAAGCAGCUGCAGCUCAGUCCCCCAUACAGAGUCAGGGGACUGACAUCCCAGCGCAGAGUAAAAGGGAACAUGCCAGGGAGGCCUUAGAACCAAAAUGCACAGAAGCACUUGUAGAUGAGGCCUCUGUGCAGAGUGGGAUAACUGAGGUUCCUGUGAAGAAUGAGGUGGAAGAUGCCGUGCUCAUCUUAGACUCAGAAUGCACUGAAGCAGUUGCAACUGAAGCUCCAGUGCAGAGUGAUGUAACUGAGGCCUCUGUGCAAAGCGAGGGGCAAGAUGCUAUGCUUACCUGGGAAUCUAAGGGCACCGAGGCCACUGUGCAGAGUGAGGUGGAAGGAAUUGCUACUGAGGGGGUGAUGCAGAGUGAGAUAACUGAGGCUCCUGUGAAGAAAGAGGUGGAAGGUGCCGUGCUUAUCUUAGAAGCCGAAUGCACUGAAACACUUUCAUCUGAGGCUCCAAUGCAGAGUGAUGUGACUGAGGCCGCUGUGCAAAAUGAGGUGGAAGAUGCUGUGCGUGUUGUAGAAAAAGAAUGCACAGAAGCACUUGCAGCUGAGGCUCCCAUGCAAAGUGAGGUGCAAAAUGCCUUGCUUUUCUUGGAAUCCGAAUGCACAGAAGCAAUUGCUGCUGAGGCCACUGUGCAGAGUGAGGUAACUGAGGAGGCUACAGUGCAGAAUGAGGUGGACGAUUCCAUGCUUACCUUAGAAUCAACAUGCACAGAAAUCACUGCAAUCGAGACCACCGUGAAGAAUGAGGGAACUGAGAUCCCUGUGCAGAGUGAGAUGGAAAAUGCCCUGCUCUCCUUAGAAUCAAAAUGCACAGAGAUGAUUGUAACUGGGGGUGCAAUGCAGAGUGGGGUAACUGAGGCACCUGGGAAGACAGCGGUAGAAGAUGCUGUGCUUACCUUGGAAUCGGAACACGCUGAAGCGGUGGCAGCUGAGGCUCCCAUGCAGAAUGAUGUAGAAGAUGCGCCAUCUAACCUAGAAUCAGAAUACCCAGGGGCAGUUGUAAAUGGGGCCCCUCUACAGAGCGACACAUGUCCUAAAGAACAGCCUGUGUGUGGAAAGGGAGACGAAGAGGAGCCUAUGGAAGCAAAACCAACACUUCUACUGACUGCCACAAGUUCAAAUGACAAUCAGCGAGAGGAAACCAAGUUGGAGCUAAUGACGGAAGUGGAGAAAGAUUUGUUUGAAUCUGGAAAAUUGGAACUUGCAGGCAGUGAUAAACUUUAUUCAACUCCAGUGCAGCAAGAGAUUUUAGCUGUGCAGCUAGAAGAUACUGGCUCACCCAUUCCUAGUAUUGAAAGCUCUGAGGCUCAAAAAGCAUCUGUGCCUGUAACAGCUGCAGCAGUUGAAGAACAAAUCAUUGCAGAAACUGUAACAUCUAUGGAAACCUCAGCUGAAACUUUAGAGCUUUUAGCAGCAGUGCCUGCAAAACUAUUUCCUGAACUAGUCCAAGAUAUUACCAUUGCUCAUUCAGGAUUUGAGGCUGCAGACAGUAGGAGUGAAGAAACUGCAACAGUGUCAGUAUCAGAGAUGACCGCUGCAAUGGUGGAUGGAAAGAUUGAGAAAGCAACAAGCUGCACACAACCUGAUUUGAUCCAAAAAGAUUACGUGGAUGACACAACCCAGGGGAAGGAACAACGGAAGCCAGAGUGUAGGGAAGAAGCUGGGGAAAAACUAGUUUCUCAACAUACAGAAAGUCCAUCUGUAACCCACAUAGAAUUCGAAAAAGAUAUUGUUCAGCCUGUCACUAUAGAAUCUGAGAGUACAAAAAUUGUAUUAAAGAUAAUUCAGACUGUGGUUGACAAAUUUGAAAGAACAGAAGAGCCAGCUGCUGUGUGCAUGGCAUCUGAAUCGCAGCAGCAGAUUAAAUCAACAGAUGGAAAUCAAAAAGAUAUAAAUAUAUCUGAAGUUCAGGAAAGUGUGCAGGCUCAUCAGCAGCUUCUUGUAAAAGGUGAAAAGACAGUAGAGGAUAAAGAACAAGAGUUCCAGCAACCAAGUACAGUCAAACAUACUAUUUUAACACAGUCUGCAGAGAAACGAGCUACUCUAGAACAAACAGAAGAUUUGCCAUUAAUUUCUGAUAUGUCAAAAGAAGUUGAAAUUCAGGAUUCAGGAAAGAUUGUAGCUGUCACUGAAGAUGUUUCAAGUGAAAGUUUAGAGGCUCAAAACUCAGCGAUAGAUAUGAGUGUUUCAGAAGAUUUAUCCAAAGAGACAAGAACGGACCAACCAAAGCUAAAGGAAAAAGAAGCAGGGCAGACUGUGGCCACCCAAGAGAGAUAUAUGGUUCAGCAAACACAUAUAGAAAAGAAGGAAGACAAACAUAGCCAACCAGUGGAAGACAUGAAGAGACACACAGAGGAAGAUGUAAAAGAAUAUGCAUCUUGUGGGAGUCCGCAAUCAAAGUCAGAGCUCACCAAAUCUUGAGGUCCAAUCUGUUCUGUUAAAUGUGUGUGUUACAUUUGGAGAGACCAGAAUGUGAAGAAGGCAAGAGCAGAAAGUGGAAUCUGCUAAUUGGUCUGUAGACCAAUGUUUCUGAAUUGUGAGAUUAGACCAUCAAUAUCUGACAUCAUUCCUUGAGAGUAGCUGACAAUCCUGAGGAAAUAUCAGGAGCUUUAGUCAUCGCCCUCUACUCUUGGAUGUUAACACUUCCUCUUUUCAAGACUUCUUGAUUUUUGUUUGAUAAAAUGAUUUGAAAAAAGUGAUGUCUUUGAUUAAAUGCUUUCCAUAGCCUAAUGGCAAUGCCCAGUUUCUGUUGUUCCAGAUUUCCCCUUCUAACAUGCUUCCAAAACUGGAGUGUAAUUCUUGAUGUAUUUAUAUGUAUAUCAUAAACCCAGUUCUGAUUUUAAUGUAUAUUCUCUAUCUUAUGUUAAAAAUGCAAAAUGAUAUACAUUUGCAUCACUAUAUGAAACUAAGUGCAUGUGACCAUGGUGAAGCACUGUGAGUGAGCUACAGCUGGCCACAAAUUAUCCCCAUGAAAUUUAGGCAGGUUUUCCACUUAGUGAAAAAGUGUAAGAACUGAUAUUUAAGGCAUUAUGCUAGUUGUUGUUCCUGCUUCCAUAAAAGAGCAUUCAUGCUCAAAAGGUGUACAUUUCCUAUUUGGAAACCUACUGAUGUAAAUUAUUAGGCAAAAGUUAAUUUUGCAUCACUUCCUCUAUAGGAAGUGAACUAUAAUUUUCUUGAAAACAUUUAAAGUUCACUUUAUUGCAAUUUGAUUUCUCUGACAGCACCUGGUGGAAGCUGGAAGUCCUUGAGAGUUACAAAUUUAUCCAUUUCAAAUUGUUCAGCAACCUUGAAAUGGCGAUUUCAAGAAAUUAUUUUCCUUAAAUCUCUGAGACAAUAUUUCAGCGUUAUGAAGAAAAGGAUUAACUGUUCUUAUUUUUGCAUUCUAAUAUUAUCCUGUCUCCUGGACCACACAAAUGCCAUGAAAUGAGACGUUGUUUUUAAAAAAAUGUUUUGAUAGAUACUGGAUUAUGUCCGCUCCAUAUUUAUGCCCAUUUUUUUUCAGAACAGUGUGUUUCAUUAUGCUCAUGUACAUUUGGCAGAUUGUGAUUUCUGAAAAUGAUUUAAAUAAAAUCUUUGCCUAUACUUAGCUCUGUUGGUUUUAAUUAAGACUUAGCAAACCUGGAACAAAAUAUUUCUCAAUUUUUGUCAGGUGUUAAGUUACAAGUGUAAAUCAGUGCACACAUAAAACUGGGCAGGCUUGAAAUAUUAAAUAACUGAACAAUUAUUAAAUGUUUAAAGUAUUCUGUACUCGACCUUCCAGGCACAGAACAAGAAUGGUGGGUCGUCAGUAGUUUUAGAUCUGGUUUCUAAAAUAAAUGUUAUAUGUUGCACUUUGUGAACUUCACACCAUUCUGGUUGAGCAAGAUGUUGACCAAUAACUUCAUUAUCCUAUCUGUAUAGUAAUUUAUUUUAAAAUGAACUGUUUCCUUCUAAUGUACCAAAUGUUCUUGUUAGGGCAGGUGCCUCCCAGUCUCUAGGGCUGCACAGUGUGCAAACAAAGAAAUGUGACGGAUUGCACCAUCUGGUGGUGGUUUUCUGCAACUUGCAACUUGUUACUCAGAAAAAGUAUGUUAGCCAACUAAUUCAGCUCUGGCAAGCAGAUAUGUGUUUCUCCUAAAAUGUGUAUAAAACAACACAUGCAUCUGCUAACAAAAUAUGGUCAUGUCUGCACAUACACGCUUACAAUGGCACAGCUAUACCAAUACAGCUGUGCUUCUAUAAGAUUGCUUGUGUAGCCACAUUAUGCCUAUGGGAGAGAGAGCUCUCCCAUUAACAUAAAACCAACUCAACGAGUGGUGGUAGCUAUGUCAGCGAGAUGCAGUGCUGUGUACCCAAGUGUUUAUGCCGGCAAAGCUUAUGUCACUCAGGGAUGUGGGUUUUUUCGCACACCCCCGAAUGUCAAAAGUUUUCCUGACAUAAGUGUUAGUGUAGACAUGCCUUAGUCUUGAGCGGAAAAGUGACAGGAUCCUUGUGCUGUAAGGGCUGAAUGAGACUUCCAAAUAUCAGGUUGUUUGAGUAUCUUCCCGCUGUAUUUGGCAUAAACCAUCUCAUCACAAAAUGUUGGAGCAGGGAGAUACUGGUCAUCAGGAGUAAGAAACACAAAGUAUUUUCUGCAGAAAUAUCCAGUUAUGUAAAGUGUUUAUAGCUAUCUUCUGAACAUUUUAGGGUACAUUAAAAAAUUAGUUUUACAGUUCUCUUUUUUUCUUCAUUUUUACUCUCUCUCCUCUCACCCCUUUGCUACUCUCUGUAAGAAGCACUCAAAGUGCUUAGCCCAGGAACAAUGUUUGUGUUUUGUUUUGUUUUUUUAAACUUCUAAUUUAUCUGCUAAAAUUUCUCUGAAGUCUUCCCCCCCCCCCCUUGACAAUCUUAACUGUAGUUGAAUAUCACUUCAAUCCUAAAAUUGGGAAACUAUUCUGAGUUAAGAGCAGGUCUUUAGUAACUUGUACUACAGGCAGACGUUGCUGCAGUAAAACAUUUAACCUGGGACACCUUAACCCUAAAAAACAACCUAGUGCUCAGAACCUUUGAAUCCCUUCUUUCAGCUCACUCAUAUUUUAACAGAAGUUAGUUGUGCAUAUGAGACUUGGAGAAACAUUUAUAUGAAGCCUCAAGACACUUUGAUACUGUACUUAAAAUGAAUUAGGAUCUUCACUCUGCUCUGAGGACUUUGAUUUUACCUGACAUAAUGCACACGCACUCUGUGUGUGUAUAACAUUGAAAGGAGAGGUUGGUAUAAUUAACAGAUGGGACUCUGGGGAUGCCCAGAAAAAAGAAGUGUCCUUUAGCUCUCUAAAAAGUCAAUAUUCUCCUACAAAGAACAUGGCAGAAAGGGCCUUAUUUUUGGCCCAAUUAUAAAUGAUGCCAAUCUGCAUUGUCACCGGUGCAACUUGCUAGGGUACUCCCUGAGUAAAGAUUUUUCUUAACUCACAGAAAAAUAUAUAAAAGUUUAAAGUUGAGAAAUGUGAUAUCAAACAAUCCAGUCUGUCUUUCCUUAGUGGCAACUUUCCCCCUUAUCUUUGGGCAUGAAUUACAAAAGUAAUUCUGACAAUGGCUGUCAGUUCCCAGAGGUUAUGUUGCUUGCAUUAUUUGUGCUUUUUAUAACACCAUGCAAAAGUGAAAUCGGUUAUGUUUGUACAAAAUUAUAUACCUAUGUACGUUAAGCCAUAUUGCAAUAACUGCAACAGGUAAAACAAAACAAUAGCAUGACCUGUGUAAACCUUUGUAGCUCCAAAGCUGUUAAUAAUAUGUAAAGUUAUUUCUUGCCUAAACCUCAUUUAAAGAAAGCUAGCUUUUAUCAAAAUGUAAAUUAUGUUGGUAGAAGCUGAGAAGCAAGUGCUUAAUCUUGCUUGUUUUUUAUAUUAAUCCUGGGCCUAGCUAAGCAAUGCAACAAAUGUUAACUGUAUAACCAAUGUUUCUUCUUGUAACAGACACCUAUAAAAUAUGGCACCAUUAAGACCUUCCUAAUGGUGCAAGGAACAUCUCUCUACAUACAGAUACUACUUUGUUCCAGCGUAUUGCUUUGGCCCCUGAAAUACUCACGCUGCAACCUGUAGCUUGUGCUUAAACUCCAAACUUGCAGCUUCCUCUAAUCCAAUGUACUGAGUUAAAAAAUGUUGAUUUUUCUAUUUUGUUUUUAAGGUAGAUUUUCACUGACUAAAUAAAGUACAACCACAAGUUCAUUCUAA